AUGAAGAUUAUUUCGAUCUUUGCAUUGCUUUCGGUAAUUGGUGCUGGUUUAGCGGCACCACUAAGCCCACCCAUUGAAGAAGACCCUGAGCUGAUAGCUGGCUACUUUGAAGGCGACAUCGUAUUGAGCUCUUCGCAGCGCAAUGGAUAUCGUAACGAAACCCGACGCUGGCCAAAUAACACUGUCUACUACAAAUUCAAUGAAGGUGUUUUAGAUGAGGCACAUCGUAAUCAUAUUUUGCGAGGCAUUCAAAUUUUGGAAGAGGUUUCAUGCAUCCGAUUUAAGGAAGCCACUGACGACCAGCAAUAUUAUGUGAAUAUAACUAGCUAUGCUGAUGGUUGUUAUUCGAGUGUUGGUUGGUUGAAUCGCGUUCAAACCUAUAAUCUUCAGACUUAUGCUUUGGAUUCCGGUUGCUUCCGUCUCGGCACAAUCGUGCAUGAGUUCUUACAUACGCUCGGAUUUUACCAUAUGCAGAGCGCUUCGAAUCGUGAUGAAUAUGUGCGCAUCGCAACUGAAAACAUUCGAUCUGGCUACGAAAGUAAUUUCAAUAAAUACGAUGAGGACUUUGUCGACGAUUACGAUGAGGAAUACGAUUAUGGUAGUGUGCUACAUUAUACAGCGUAUGCUUUCUCGGCAAAUGGCGAAAUGACUAUAGUCCCGUUGAAGGAUGAAGCGGCCGGUAUAAUGGGCCAGCGACGUGGUUUGAGCCAAAGUGAUAUCAACAAAUUGAAUACAAUGUAUCGCUGCCCGGUGACAGUUUAGAGUAAU